AUGGCUUGCAACGUGUGCAUGGACGAGCAGGACUACGACAUGAACCCCAUGAUGCAGUGCGCCAGGUGCAAAGUUCGCGUUCACCAGCACUGCUACGCCUGCCGCGAGGAUACUGGGGCCUCUUGGCUUUGCGACGUCUGUGAGGCCGGAGAAGACGCGUCCGUUACGGUAUGCGAGCUGUGCAAGGAGACCAACUUGAGCAAGGGCGGUGCGAUGAAGCAAGUGUUGGGCAACGGGAAGAACGGAGAGAAGUUGUGGGUGCACGUCAGCUGUUCCUUGUGGAUACCAGAGGUGAGGUUCACCUCCGAGGAGCUAAACCCCGUCAACUUGGACUUCAUCGAGAAGAGCCGAAAGAUUCUCAAGUGCCUCUUGUGCGGGCAGAAGGGUACCUGUGUCCAGUGCGCAGGAGGGCGCUGCCUCCUCUCCUACCACCCCUGGUGCCUCAUCCACUCGGACAGAGGGAUCAUCAACCGAUCGAUCUCGGUUCAGAGCCACCUGCACGUCUUCUGCCAGGACCACAAGGCGGACGUCAUCUCCUCUCUCGAUCUCGAAGGGAGGGACUGUCAGCUCGGGCCGAUGUGCUACCAGGAGGCGAGGGACCGCAUCCAGCCCAAGAUGCAGGCCGGGUUCUUGCCCAUGCAGGCCCCGUCGAGCGGUGGGAAGGGGGGUGCCAAGUCCGGCCGGCUGAGCGGCGGUAAACAGGCUUUCAAGGGCAAGAACAGCAAGAAGCGAAACCGUGACGGUUCUCCUGGCGGCUUGAUCGACGUGGAGGGGGAGGGGGCUUGCGUGGGCAUGGACCAGCAGCCGCAGUCGCCGCACGUGCAGCAGGGGCGGAAGCGGCGGAGGAAGUUCGGGCCUGGCCCGGGCGGCAGCGCAACAGAUGCGGCGGGCAAGGGCGAGCCAGAGCCCGACUGCGUGGAUAAGCCGGGCGCCCUGAUGGGGAGGAAGGCGGACCCCGACAUAGACGACGACGGCAACCUGGUCCUGCACACGUUUUGGGAUAAGGCCGGCGCGCCUCGGAUCGGCCAGGAGUCGCUCACCUGCGAGAGGUUCUGGGAGGUGAUGGCCGGCUACUUUCCGGAGGGACACAGCCCCGGCUGGCUGGGCAAGCUCCUCGACAUCGAGCACCUGCCGAAGGAGGACGACCCGGCCUAUGUUAUCCCCGAGCCCCGCCAGAAGGACAAGGAUAAGGACAAGGAAAAGGAUAAGGAGACCGAGGGGGACAAUGCAAAGCAACCAAAGGGUGGCGGCGGCGGCGGCGGCGGCAACAGCAGCCCGAAGAGCGGUGGCGCGACGGGCGGGAGCCGGGAGGACGGCGGCGAGAGCGACGAUUCCAACCCCGUCUCCGUGGACGGCGGCGGCGCACUCGAAGACGACGACGACGACGACGACGACGACGGGCUUAACGCUCACCGCCGCCGGAGAGGGGGAAGCGGAGCCGCCGCCGCCGCCGACAAGAGAGGAAAAUCUCCUCCCGCCUCGGCCCCACGCCUCGGGGGCGGCAGCGUCGGCGGUGGCGGUGGCGGCGGCCGCGGCGGCCGCGGCUGGUCGACGUCGUCCGACGCGUCGCCGCGCCCGGAGCCGACCGUCGUGGACUCGGAUUGCGUGGCGGCCACCUGCCACCGCCAGGUGGGGCUCGUGAUGCAGAGGGGGAAGAGCCUGCGGGUGGGGUGCCGGUUCGCGCUCCGCGUCGCCGAGACGCUGGAGGACGAGCGGGCCAUCGAGAAGGAGCGGGCCGAGGGCGGCGUGCAGUGGUCGCGGUUCGAGAUGCCGGCCGACGAUGAGCUGGACCUGGACUUGGGGGCGUACCCGGGUCUGUUGGUGGGAGCUUCGAGGCCGCGGGGGCAGGAGGAGCAGCGGAGCGCGACAGGGGAAGCCGGUGGUGGGGACAACGGCGUUUUUUUGCCGGGCAUAGCGGCGGCUCCGCCCGCGGCGGCUGGAGCGGAGAAGGCCGCAUCAUCGUCAGGGGAUGGAAACGGAGAUGGCGGCGGUGAUGGUAGUGAGUGCGAUGCGUCCAGUCUCUUCGUGGCGCUCCAAGGAUGGGCGAAGCACGACGUCGACGAUCCGGAGGUAAGGUUUCAGCCAAGGGGUGCCGUCAUCGCCGAUGCCAGCAGGGAGGGUGAAGGCGGCGAUGGGGCGGCGGCGGAUCCGGGGGGGAGACCUGCUUGCGCGGCGUCGGCAGAUGACAGCCUUGACAUCGCCGCCGCUGCUGUGGCGGCGGCAGAUGCGGCGGCGGCGGCGGAGAGGGUGAUGAAGGCGGCGGGGCCUCUGCCCGUGAUGGACGACGAGGUUGUCCAGGCGCUCAAGCUGCAGCAGGACAAACUACGGGGUAAUACCGAGGGGUGCUUGAAGAGGAUCAACCCGAUCCGGGCCAUUGUGGAUCCGAUGGUUGGAGAGUCCUCAAGCUUCGUCGUCAAGAACGAUCAGUUGUACACGAGGUACUGCCGGGUUCAGAUGUGGAAGCGGCUGUACAACAAGCUGCACUUCGGCGUCGCAGACCGGCCCCUUAACUUCAACAAGAUCGAUGUGGCAGACUGCGAUAGCUCCAUCCCAGCAUCUUGGCGGCGCGAUGUUGACGGUCGGCAGAGUAAGGAGGAAUACGAGGCCGAGCGCAGGGCCGCGGUGGAGCAGGCGAACAAGGAAGAUGCGGUUUGCAUGGUGUGCUUCGACGGUUCGACGGACGAGUCCGGCAACCUGACUAUCGUCUACUGCGACGGGUGCGACAUGUCGGUGCACACGGACUGCUACGGCAUCCAAGACCCCAAGGCCGACUUCGUCUGCGAUCGCUGCACGAGGCUGAGAGAGCUGGAGGCCGAGUCGAAGCAGACAACGGGGGAUGAGGUUAACUGCUUCCUCUGCCCGAACAUCCACGGGGCCUUGAAGAGAACGACGUGCGGCCGGUUCGCGCACAUGACGUGCCUGCUCAUGUCGCCGGGGGUGCGGAUGGGGGACCUCAAGCACAAGAGACGGAUCGAUAUCUCGGAGGUGGACGUGACGGACCCUUCCUUCACGAUGGGGGAGCGCGGGCUGUCGGGGGACAUGGGGGCGUGGCCGGCGGCGGGGGAGGCGAGGUACGGGUUCCCUGCCGGCAUGUCGGUCGAGGCGCGGUGCCUGGAGCACUCCGUCGGCGCCCCGGGGAGGAAAGGCGCGCCGGCGGAGGCCGCGGCGGUGCAGCAGCUGGCGGACGCGGACGCGCUGCCUCCGGGGACGAUCUCGCUCGGGGAGACGGCGGGAGGGGUGGUGAGGGGCACUACGUGCGAGGAGCAGAGGGACCUGCGCAACAAGUACCGGAUCAAGUUCCAACCCGCCUGGCAGGUGGAGGGCAAGAAGAAGAAGAAGACCAAGGCCCAGCUCAAAAGGGAGCAGAAGAAGGCGGAACGCGAGAAGCAGAGCAACGUGAGCACCAUGCGCGUCUCCGGCCCAAGGCCGCUCGACCCCGACUCGUACGACAGGAUCGCCUGUGCGGUGUGCAUGAAGAUCGCCGCGCCCGUGCUCCUCGGUCCCGCCGCUGCUGCCGCCGCCGGGGCCUCCACCGCGGCCGUGCCUGCGGCAGCGGCCGGGACUGAAGGAGGGGGAGCGGGAGCCGCAGCUGGGGGUGGCGAAACGGCGGGUGGGGCGGCGGCGGCGGCGGCGGCGGCGGCAGCAGCGGCGGUGGAAGAGGACUUGGUGCAGUGUGCCAAGUGUGGCGUACGGGUGCACAGGAAGUGCUACGGCGUCCCGGAAGGGGUUGGCGGUCCGGGGGCAGGCAAGGGAGAGAGGUUUGUCUGCGCGCCGUGCACAGCCCGCGUGAGCCAGCCGUCGUGCACGCUGUGUCCCCGCAAGGGCGGUGCGUUUCUCCGGAUCAAGGGCAGCCAGUACUGCCACGCUUACUGCGCGGAGCGGACCCCGGGGGCUCGGGUCGUGGACCCCCUCCCACCCCCUCCGCCUCCUCCUCCUCCGCCCCCUCGUGGGGUCGACGAAACUACCCCGGAUGGCGGCGGGGGCGGGCAUGCGCCGAUGAAGCUGGAGGGCGGCGACGAGGAGGUUGGCGCUGGUGCUGAUGCGGCCGGGACGUCGAGGGCGAGCACGGGCGAGAAGGGCAAGGGCAAGGCCGCGAAGAGUAAAAUCGGGGGAGCCGGCAGCGCAGCGGCGGCCGCGGCGGUGGCGGCCGGGAGGGGGGGAGGCAACAGCGGCGGCGCGAAGCCGCCGCCGGCGUCCUUCUUCAAGACGGCGGAGACCAAGGGCGUGCCGAAGGAGAUAAAGAAGAUCCACAAGUGCGACAUCUGCAAGCGCAAGAACGGCGCCGUGGUUCCUUGCACCCCGGCGGCGCGGAGGGGGGGAGGGGGGGCGACGGCGCAGGACCGGGUGUGCGAGAAGUGGAUGCACCCGAUGUGCGCGGCGAACGCGGGGCGCCACUGCCGGACCCUGUCCCCCGAGGAGGCCGAGAAGACGCCCUUCAAGUUCAAGUACGCGGUGACUUGCCAGGAGCACACGGCGCUUUGCUUGCGGCAGCUGUCGAGCGGACAUUGGGUGGACUUCUUAUCGCUGUACAAGCUCAGGACCGACUUGGACCGGGCGCGCGUCCUCUUCGACUGCGUCCUCCGGAGAGAGAAGAUCAAGCGUCAGCUUCACCGCACCAGCUCGGACUUGUUCGACACGUGCCUGAACCCCGAUCUCACCAUCCGGCUCAAGCUGCCCCGCUCGGGCAGCGACCUCGGCGCUUCCGAGUUCGGCCGCGUCCGCAAGAAGACCCUCAAGGCGGAGGAGGCCGGCGGGUCGGCCGGGAGCAGCGCCCGCCGCGCAGCGGCGACGGCCGCGGCGGAGGCGGAAGAGGCGAAGCGGCGGAAGGGCGGGGCCGGCGGCGCGGGCCCCGCGGAGCGGUGGCCGGUGGUAUCGACAGCCCCGGCAUACGAAGCCGCGGCCGCUGUGGCGGCCGGGGACGGAGAGGCCGGUCGCGGGGAGGGAGGGGUCCCACACUCGGUCGGUGGCGGCGGCGGAGCGGCUCGUGGACUCGUGCAUCGGGGCCGCACCGCUGGAGGGCAUCGCGGCGGCGGUGCUUCUCCGGAGGCGGUCUUCUUCCGCUUCCGGCUGCCGCAGGGGGUGGAGAGGGAGGAGAACGACCCUAGGUGGGAGAGCGGCAGGGUCAAGCCGGACGACGGGAUGCGAGACCUCGGCGAGCUGUUCGAGGAGGCCCCCUCUGAGGACAGCUACCCAGAGUACCACGCCAAGGUCAAGAAUAUCAUGGACCUCAACACCGUUAGGACCAAGGUCCUGGACCGGGAGUACUCUUCUGUGGAAGGGCUGCUGUCCGACGUGGCUCUCAUGUACUCUAACGCUCAGGUCAUCAGGCACGAACAGGCUACCAAGGAUGGGAAGCAGCUGCUCGACCUGGCUCAGACGACGGUCGAGCGUCUCCGAAGAGAGAGGAAGGAGGGGACGCCUCGCAAGGACAGGCUCAGGCAGCAACAGAGCGCGUCCGGCUCCGAGUGCACCAAGCUCCGCCGAGACCCGCCACCGGCGGCAACGGGGGGAAGGCCCUCCAAGGCAUGCACCAAGAAGGAGCGGUACUGGUUCUGCGAGUCGUGCGUCACGGAGAGCCCGGACUCGUUCACCGGGCGCGGCAUCGGCGUGUGCAGGCGGGACGGGAAGUGGAAGAUGGCCACCGUAAGGGGGUACGAGCCCUUGUCAGGAAAGCACGAGGUGUUGUACAGGGGCGACAUUCCAUGGGAGUUCCUCUCUCUCGGGGACCCGUGCAACCACAUCCGGUACUGCCAGCCCGUCCCGCCAGCUUCGCUCAACAGCGUGCAGGAGAUGCAGCAGCAGCGGCGGCGGCGGCAGCAGCAGCAGCUUGAGGAGGAGGAAGUCGGUGACACUGCCAACGAGGUGUUGAACGUUAUGGAUGUGGAUCCUCCUUCUCCUUUGUCUGCGCACCCGCACCUGCCGGGGGGGGUAAACGAGCGCGAUCGAGGUGGUAGUACUCCCCCGGAGAAGGGGGUCCCGUUGGAGGCGGCGGGUGGUGGUGGUGCCGGGGACGAAGACGUACCAUCCCCUCGAUGCGGCGACGCCGCAACCUCCGCCGUGGCUGUGCCGGAGGAAAAGGCUCGCGAUGGCGGAGCCGGAGGGACGAGCCGAAGCGGCAGCGUCGGCGACCGAUACCGCGUCAUCGACGGCGAGAGGGAUUCAGGCCGUGGCGACGAGGCUGCGGCGGCGGCGACGACGGCGGCGGCGGCCGGGCCGAGCGCGGAGGCUUCAGGGGCGGCGCGAGGCGAGGCUGCAGUUCCGGCGGACGAAGAGGAACCGACGAAGGUGGCGGCAAAGCGCAAGAGGGAAGAGGACCAAGACGCGGACGAGGACGGGGCCAAGGCGGCGGCCAAGCGGAAGAGAGAAGAGGACGGCACUGGUGGUGCUGGUGGGGGCGUGGCGAGCGUUGGUCUACCUCUGAUACGUCUGAUACCAGCCCCCCCGGCGGCGGGGGCAGCGGCAACGCCGGAAGGUUCUUCCGCGGCUUCGAUGGGCGCAGGUGGCAGCAGCGAGAGAGGCGGGGCAAACGCCAUGCCCAUGAGACCACAGAGCACAGUCGACGAAAACGCAAAGCUCCCGGACAGCCGUACCGCUGCCUCCGCCGGACGCGGGGUGAGUGGUGAGGGCGGAGAAGGCGCAUCGACAUGGGUGGAAGUUGACGGCGGCGGCGGCGGUGGUGGGUCUUCAAGUUCCCAGGCUGGGCCGAUGCCGGCGGCGGGACCGAAUGGGCUUUCCCCACACGGCGCCGCUACUAGUAGUACUCCCGUCGAUGGCACCGUCGCGAGCGGCGGCGCCGGCGCGUCAGGACAACGGCCGCGGUCGAUGACGUCGACGCCGCUACUUCCGUCCUUGGACGGAGCCAGGGCGGAGUGGAGGGCGAAGGGCAUGGCGGGAACGACGCAGGAGGAGGAGGGGGAACGACCAGAAGGGAUGAAGCCUCAUGUUCUCGAGGGGGGCAGAGAAAGCAGCCGAGCCCAGCCGUUACCGCAUCUACCUUCCACCACGGACUCUGCUGCGUCAAGAGGGAGCGACGGAGGAGGAGGAGCGAAGGGAGGAGGGGGUGGCUCCGGCUCCGGCGGUAGCGGGAGGGCCGGCGGCGGCGGCGGCGGCGGCGGAGGCAGUCGUUCGAGUGGAGGGCUGAGGAUUCAGGCGCCAGCGGCUGCCGGAGGCGGUGGCGGCAGCGGUGGCAAGAUCCGUAGCAGGCUUCGGAGCAACAGCGGCAGCGGCGGUAGCAGCAACUCGAGCCCCAACCCCGGCGGGAACAGAAGCCCGAACGGCGAAGGGCACGGGGCCGUUGGCAGCAGGGGGACAAAGCGGAACAGGGAGGACGGCGGCGGCAGCGGGUGGCACGGCGCGGUGGCGGCGGUCGCCGCUGCCUCAUCCGCCGUCACCUCUACGGCAGAAGAGAGGGCGAGCAAGGACAGACGCUCCAAAUCCCCCCGCCGAUAGAAAAAAAUAACUCGGGGUUACGUGGAUGUCGGUGGUGCUGCCUCCGAUGAUGGAUGUGACCACCGUUUUUUGUUUUUUUUGUCUAUUCCAGUUUCUGACGCGAGGUUUGAGGCCCGCAGUUAGGUUUCCCGGCGGACACGGGGGCAGGGACAAGCAAGAGGAGUUGUUGCUGCUGCUGUUACUGCUUGCUCGUUGAUGGGACGACCAGAAAAGUCGUGCUCGGAAAGCUUACAUUCGUUUAGAGAGGAGAUAGGGACACGGCCAGAAAGAAAAAUCGAAAGGAAAGGCUGGCUGGCUGUUUUUUUUGUUUUUGUUUUUCAGUGGGAAAAGAGCUCCGAGAACAGCAGGCGAUGGUCGUAUGGUUGAGCUGUAGAGAAGCCUUCGGUCGCGCUACAGCUGCAGUUGAAAAGGAAGGUCGGUGUGGUGUAGCCUUUGCACGGGGCACGUUUUUCCGCAACGGACGCGUCGGGGGGUUUGAUGAAAAAUGCUUUGUGUCUUGAGAGAGAAGGACGGGUUCGGGGCCGACCGCCGCAAGCGAGCAAGCAACACAGGCCCAAACGGUAUAGGCACGUUCUCACGCCCUGCGCGCGUGCGAGUGUUUU